AUGGCUCGCGCCCUCGUGUUGCUCGUGUUGCUGGGCCUGAUGAUGGGUCUGGCGCACGGCCUGAACGUCAUCGAGGGCAGCCGCGGGCCAUCCAAAUUUGCCACUAAACUUGGGCAGAGGGGCCAGCACCACGUCGAGCUGCGCCUGGGCCCCAGCCCCCAUGAGGGCCUGCAGGAGCAAGACAUGCCGGACUCCUGGGACUGGCGCAACGUGAAGGGCAAGAACUACCUCUCUCCCGUACGCAACCAGCACAUCCCCGUCUACUGCGGCUCCUGCUGGGCGUUCGCCUCCACCUCUUCCCUCGCGGACCGCAUCAACAUAGUCCGCGACGGCGCCUGGCCCAUGGCGGUCCUGUCCGUGCAGUCCGUCAUCGACUGCGGCAACGCCGGCAGCUGCAACGGCGGCGACGACAAGAUGGUGUACAAGUAUGCCUUCAAGCAUGGCAUCCCCAUGGACACCUGCAACCAGUAUGUGGCGAAAAACCAGGCCUGCAACCGCAAGCACCAGUGCUACACAUGCGAGCCGUCGGGCAAGUGCGCGCCCCUGUACGACUACAACAGGCUGGUGGUGCGUGAGCACGGCUCUGUCAGCGGCCGCGUGGCCAUGAAGGCCGAGAUAAUGAAGCGCGGCCCCAUCUCAUGCAGCAUAGACGCCACCAACGAGCUCGACGCAUACAAGGGUGGCAUCUUUGCCCAGCGCCUGCUUGACCCGAGCCCCAACCACGUCAUCAGCGUGGUCGGGUGGGACGUGAUUGACGGCACCGAGGUCUGGAUCACCCGCAACAGCUGGGGGGAGCCUUGGGGUGAGGGCGGCUUCUACUACAGCCCCACCAGCAAGAACCAGGGCGGCAAGGACCUCAACUUGGGCAUCGAGCUGGACUGCGCCUACGGCGUCGUCGACCGCUGGGCCAAGGCCGCAGACCUGGGCUUCCCCCGCAGCGCGGCCGAGGAGGAGGCCAGCGCCGGCGGCGACGAGCAGGCGGCGCCCGCGGCGGCCUGA